GGCUGGGACGAGUUCUCUAAUCAUACCGCGGAAUCAAAGGGAGAUAUAAAUUUCAUCAACCGUGGGUCGCUUGAAGGUGUGCAAUACACCGUUCAUCCAUUGCUCGUGGGUGGAAUACAUUUUGCAAAUUACCCGUCUGCAUUACUGACGUGGUUUCCUUCAGUUCACCAUUCGAAUGUGGGCAGACUAUUUGCUCUUUGGGAGUGGUGCUACCCCGAAUACUGGACGGGAAGCGGAUAUGAACGCGAUGGGGAACAGUACCCUUGGACACAGGUAUGGGUUGGACUAUGUUUUCAUGCAGAUAUUCAUUGGUUGUCUUUUAGGGCACGUGGCACGUAUGCACAAUCUUACAACGAACAGCACCUUUCAGACGGGCCGCUCCAACCAUUCCGAACGGAACGAGGAGACUACCGGACCUCUUCUCAGGCCCGAUUUCUGCAUGAGCAAAGCUACCCCAAGUAUUAUUCGUUUCCCGAGUUUGAAGGAAUUGAGGUCGAUCAAGCUGCCACGUCAUUUCAAGAGCGUGCCUCGGCGUGCAAAAAGGUGCAAACCUAUCAUGGUUUUUAUCCACAAACCAACGCGAAACAGGUGGGCUUGCAUGCUACGAAGCACCUACCUGUUCUAAACAAGGAAGAUCCUACCGUGCCAAGCGAUCAUACUAUUAUUCCUUGCUACCGCACACUUGCUGUACAUGGGAAACUUCUGGAGCAUGCAUACAACCGCUUCUAUUCAUUCCAACUU